AUCCAACGUUUCACGGCGUGCAGCAACAAUCAAUUGAUCCAUUGGMAAUCAACCAGGAUCGGUGCCGAAUUGAAUCCACUCGGUCGCACAACUCGACAGAACACUCAACACACGACACAAAGGUUGGAAGUUUCCAUUCACCUGCCGUAGCUAGCUUUAUCAUCGGCAACACAACAACGACUACAACGAAAAGACGAACUAGUUUUUAGUUUCAGUUUCAGUUCCCGUUACAGUUACAGCACAAGUUCCAUCGCCAACAACCAUGUCGAGAGUGUCGCUAUUCCUUGCCUCUCCCCURCUGGCGCUCGUCGUUUCGGCCGUGCUCCUCGCUUCCGGCGCGCACGCCGUCACCUCGCCGCAGUACAGCACGCUGAUGGGAUCCUCCGGGGGCCUCCGCCUGAACACGAUCGCCUCCUCGGACGUCUCCACAUCCGAAGGGGUCGUCUCCGUGAUCACCAGUCCCGGGACCGAGUCCUUCCUGGUCGGGGGAAGCAGCGACGCCGACGACGUCCUCUCCUUUGACGGGAAACAGCUGCUGGUCUGCCGGGGUGCCACCCUGCGCGGGACCUCCCCGUCGGAGCGGAGCGCCCUGGCCAUCACCUCCCUCGUCUCGGACGCCAUUGUCGUCGACGGGAUCACCGAGGGAGACGUCCGGGCGGCCGGCUUUGGAAAGAACACCCGCCACGCACGCACCCUGACGGCCCUCUUYCGUGCCCGCCUGGCCUCGUCCUCYGGUGACGCCGUUGAAAAGCAGGCGCUGGUGCUUUGCGUCAAGUCGGCACCGUCGGCCGACGGAGACUCCCUCGACGAGAUUCUUGCAAAGGAGGUCAGGGAUCUCUUCGAGGCCACCGCCGCCGAGGCCAAGGAGACCAAGGCCUCCUUUGACGAUUUGUACGACGUGAGCGUUGUUUCGGUAACGAGCAAGGAAGACGCCAKYGAGGUAGGUUUCGAUUGGUUUUGGUUUGGGUUUGUUUCGGKUUGUUUCACGSCCGCGUGUUUGUUGCCUGGGUUGGUACAACCUCUGCUACCUUUCGGUUUUUCUGUUUUCGAGUGUUGUUCAUCUGACACACUUUUCUCGCGGUCCAACCGGAUCGAACGGAUUUGUGUACCCAAACGUACGUUCUGUGUGUGCCGUUUUGUUUCUCACUGGCAAUUUCCUUUUCCUUCUCGGUACCGCCUGUUUCUCCGUUGGACUUUUUUCGUGUCGGGUGCUUCGCAUUCGCAUCCGCAUCCGCAGACCCUCGCCACCGCCAAGAGCCUCGCGGCGUCCCUUUCCUCCUCCUCCUCCUCGGUUCUUUCCUCGGCCCUCUCGGACGCCAACGAGCGGAUAAAGGAGUCGGGCGUCGCCUCGGUCGCCCUCGAUCCCCCCCACAUCGCGCACGCCUUUGUCGCCGUCAGCAACGCCCACGCCARGCAGUCCCGGAGCGCCCGGGCGAAGAUCGCCUCGUGGAAGUCCCGUGCCUCCCGCGGCCUGUGGGCCGAGUCCUUUGGGUUUGAGGCCGAGGCCAUGCGCCGCCGCGUCCUGUCGGGCUUUGACGCGGAGACCCUUUUGGCGGCGGGCCUCCCCCUCGUGGCCCCGUACCGGUUGGAGAUGCGGAACCAGCUGGCCUCCCUCGUCGACUCGUCGAUCGUCGAGCUCUUUGGGGCCCAGGUGGCCAACCUCGAGAAGCGGACCUCCAAGCGGCUGGGGAGCCAGCUCCUGAAGAAGCUGGAUUCCACCCCCCCSGAGGAGGUCGCCAGCGAGAACGCGGCCGCCAUCCGCGCGGCCAUGGUCUCCUUCGAGGCCACCAUGGGCGACCUGGAGGUCCCCUCGCUGAGCCUCACCAAGGCCAAGCCGUGUUUCGACAUGGAGUCCAAGCUGACGGACGAGGCCAUCAACUUCUACGACAGCCCGGCCGCGCAGAUCAAGCGCACCAAGAAGGUCGCCGAGGUGGUGAGCAAGGAGAAGAAACCCGGCCAGCGCUCGGUCGACCUGGGACUGGACCUCGUGGCCGUCCUCCGCCCCGACGGCUUUGGGAGCCUCCAGGGCUUUGCCGGAUAYCAGCUGGGGGGGAACAGCAUCACCCUCGGGAUCCACAACGACGCCGACGAUCCGGCCACGAUUUCCCAGUUCGGSGGGGUCCGGCCGCCGCUCCUGCGCAUCCAGCCCAAGCUGCGCGUGGACGUGGAGAUGUAAUGCAAUGGAAUGGAAGGGCCGCUGUGGCGGUGCCACACCCAACGUUCUGAAAAAGCCCCUCGCACGAGAUAAUAUCCUAGACAACUAUUUGAAACACAAGUACAGUACGCGCCUAGUUUCGUUCCUGCAAUCGGUAUUUAKUAGUUACGAUAGCAACCGCAUGUAUCUAAGAGGGGUUUGACGCUACUUCUAGACACAAAGCAAAACGACCUUCCAAAACAACAGACGCAAAACGCAACACACACCUCUGCAUCACCACUGCAACGGAAUCGAAAUUUGCAGGAAGACUUGUCCUCAACUCACACGAUUGGUUGUAUCAAUCUUUGCAACCCAUACGAGUCGUCGAAGCAUGGUGCCCGACAAACGAGUGGUGGGAAAUGUGGAAGCAAGAAAACAAAACCUAGUUGGACAAAUUCUGCUUUUCGUUAGUACUUGUGUGCCGUCCGUCCAGCCUAGCCUACUAAGAUGCCGUAUGGUACACUGUUUCUUCUAGAGUGCAGUGCCGCUGCCGCUGCUUUGCUCGUUUCGGGACCUCCAUUGCCUUGCCUU